UGAGUAUGCUUAAAUUUGCUAAAAUGAAAAUUUAUAAUCAUUUAAAGGUAAAACGUCCACGGUAAUACCGGAAUGCCUAAGACUGGAUUUCUAUCACCCUAGACGCUGUACCUUUCAGUAAUACCCACAAGUAAAAUAAAUUAAAACAAGUAUUCUGUAAAAAUAAAAUAAAAUAUGAAAAAGUAUAAUCUAGAUCUAAUUUUCUGACUUUCAUUGUUAAAUAUCACCCAAUUUCUUACUUUGUGUGGGGAAAAUUUCCGCAAGUCCGUGUUUUUCAGUCCCUCUUACUUCUGAUUAAAUGUUUACGUCCCCACGAGGGGUUUGGCAUUAUUACUGGAAGAGAGAUAUUGUAGGUCUAAUAAAUAUGUAUAUUUCUGUACCAGUUAUGGGAAAGCAAUAUACUGAGGAAGAUCUUAGACAGGCUGUUUCUGCAGUGAAGCAGAAACGAUUGAACAUCUCACAGGCCGCUAAGGAAUACGGAGUUCCGAGAACCACAGUUAUGGAUCAUCUUAGAGGCAGGGUUAAUAGCUCAAAGUGUGGAAGAAAGUUAGAUCUUCAUGAGGUGGAUGAAAAAGCACUGGUGGCUUUCAUUAGAUAUAUGUCCGAUCAUGGCUUUCCGAUGUCGAGGAAUAUGAUACGUUGUUACAUAAGAGAGAUACUGCGGAGAUCUGGACGUGUGGCAAGGAUAAAUGUAGAGAAUGGCCCAGCGAUCAGUGGUUCAGAAAUUUUUAUCUGCGUCACCCAGACCUAUCUGAACGCAAGCCGGAAAAUAUGCCAGCCAGCAGGACACGAAUGUCGAACGAAGAGUGUAUAAAUAAAUGGUUCAGUUUUCUGAAUGAGACACUGGAAAAGUACGGCCUUAAGGACAAGCCGGAAAGGAUAUUUAACUGUGAUGAAACCGGAUGGACUGGAAAGGAAUCUACAAGAACAAAGGUGACCGGUCGGAAAGGGGGGCAUUUAUUCAGGCAAAAUGCUACUGUAAAUAGCCACGUUACUGCACACCUUUGCAUUUGUGCAGACGGAAGAUUCAUUCCAACUAUGCUAAUUUUCCAGGCAAGUCAUUUUAAUAUAACUACACAAUUCAAUUAAUUAUUGUGCAUUAUCUUAUACACAUUUUCUUUCCAUACAUGUAUAUACGUGUGAUUAAACUUUCAUUUUUUCAGGGUUGUUUACUUCAUUUUUUCAGGGUUGUUUACCACACAGAAAUUACAAAGACGGAAUUCCAUCUUCUUGGUUUUUCUCUUCCUCUGAUUCCGGCUACAUGGACGGCGACUUGUUUUCUGAGUGGUUUAAGUCUUGUUUUCUUCCAAAUUGUGGACGUGACCGUCCCGUCUGCCUUAUAAUGGACAAUCAUGAUAGCCAUCUGACUCUACCACUCGUGGAAAUGGCUAUAGAACACGAAGUCGUGCUUGUUGGAUUACCAGCCCACACCACCCACAUACUUCAGCCGUUAGAUGUUAAGGUUAUCGGACCUCUUAAAGGCAGGGUCACCACUCUUGCUGAGAGAUGUGGGUUUCUUAAUAAUAAUUUCUCAAUCAGCAAAGCCAGAUUCCCUGUGCUUUUAAAUUACGCCAUUGACCAAACCACACCAUCAUCGGUUAAGGAGGCAUUUUCAGCAACAGGGAUCUGCCCACUAAAUCAACAUGCCAUUGACAAGAGCCAACUUGUGCCAGCCUCUUUCAAGCCACCGUCCUCAGAGGAAACUAAGGAAGGUAAUUACUUAUUUUCUUGUAUUAUUUAAAACUGAUUUGUAGCUCGUGAUAUACCUUUGUACUUAUCCAAAAUAACAAAGAAGUAUAUUUAGAAGUUUUUUUCUUGAAUGAAGAUCGCGUGUGGCUUAUCAUUCUAGCAAAUAUAGUUCACGCAUACGUUACUUUGCAUUUUUUUUAAUUCAAC